CACCGCCGGGGGAGGGGGCAGGCAGGGGGUAAAGCGUGUGUGUGCGUGCGUGUGUGGUGUUGACGACGGUGUUUUUAACCCUUAGAUGGUCUCUAGCGAGCCGUUGCUGCUGCCUGUGUCACUGGAGGGCGAGUUCUCCAAUAGCAUGAAGGAGAUGAUCGGCGGCUGCUGCGUGUGCUCCGACGAGAGGGGCUGGGCCGAGAACCCGCUUGUCUACUGCGACGGGCACGGCUGCAAUGUCGCAGUGCAUCAAGCUUGCUAUGGAAUUGUUCAAGUACCCACUGGACCUUGGUUUUGCAGGAAGUGUGAAUCUCAGGAAAGAGCAGCCAGAGUGAGAUGUGAAUUAUGCCCUCAUAAGGAUGGUGCUUUAAAGAGAACAGAUAAUGGGGGUUGGGCUCAUGUGGUUUGUGCUCUGUACAUUCCCGAGGUGCAGUUUGCAAAUGUUUCUACAAUGGAACCUAUCGUGUUGCAGUCUGUUCCUCAUGAUCGUUAUAAUAAGACAUGCUAUAUUUGUGAUGAACAAGGCAGAGAAAGUAAAGCAGCCACUGGUGCUUGUAUGACAUGCAAUAAACAUGGAUGUCGACAAGCUUUUCACGUCACGUGUGCACAGUUUGCAGGACUUCUUUGUGAAGAAGAAGGCAACGGUGCAGAUAACGUCCAAUACUGUGGCUACUGUAAAUACCAUUUUAGUAAACUGAAAAAGAGCAAACGGGGAUCUAAUAGGUCAUAUGAUCAAAGUUUAAGUGAUUCUUCCUCUCACUCUCAGGAUAAACAUCAUGAGAAGGAGAAAAAAAAAUAUAAAGAGAAAGAUAAACACAAGCAAAAAUAUAAGAAGCAGUCGGAGUCCUCACCAUCCUUGGUUCCAUCUCUUACUGUAACUACAGAGAAAACAUAUACAAGCACUAGCAACAACUCCAUGUCAGGCUCCUUGAAGCGGUUGGAAGAUACCACAGCUCGAUUUACAAAUGCAAAUUUCCAGGAAGUUUCUACACAUGUUUCAAGUGGAAAAGAGUCUUCAGAGGCUAGAGGGUCAGAGAGCAAAGGGAAGAAAUCUGCAGGUCACAGCUCAGGUCAGAGGGGAAGAAAGCCUGGUGCUGGAAGAAAUCCAGGAACAACUGUGACUGCAGCUAGCCCUUUUCAGCAAGGAAGCUUUUUGGGCACUCCGGGGAGUAUAAAGUCAUCUUCUGGAAGUUCAGUUCAGUCUCCCCAGGAUUUCUUGAGUUUUACAGACACAGACCUUCGAAGUGACAGUUUCACGCAUUCUCAACAGGCUUCAUCAACCAAAGAUGUACAUAAAGGAGAGGCUGGGAGUCAAGAGGGGGGUGUCAAUUGUUUCACUUCCUUAAUUGGUCUCCCUUCAUCAUCAGCUGUUUCCCAGUCUAAAAACUUUGACAGCUCACCUGGAGACAUAGGUAAUUCAAGCCUUACUUCUACAGCAUACAAACGAGCUCAGACUUCUGGAAUAGAAGAAGAAACUGUAACAGAAAAGAAACGGAAAGGAAAUAAGCAAAGUAAACAUGGGCCUGGUAGACCCAAAGGAAAUAAAAGUCAAGAAAGUGUUUCCCAUCUUUCAGUUUCUUCUGCUUCCCCAACUUCAUCUGUGGCAUCAGCUGCAGGAAGUGUGACAAGCUCUGGUCUUCAAAAAUCUCCAACUUUGCUCAGGAAUGGAAGUUUACAAAGUCUUAGUGUUGGCUCAUCUCCAGUGGGUUCAGGUAUUUUUAGCAGCAAUGAUGUAGCAGUAUCAUUUCCAAAUGCAGUAUCUGGCUCAGGAUCUAGCACUCCCGUUUCCAGUUCUCAUUUACCUCAGCAGGCUUCAGGCCACUUGCAGCAAGUGGGAGCUCUGUCACCUUCAACUGCGCCUUCUAUAACUACUGUUGUUGCUGCAACUCAGGCAAACACUCUACCUGGAUCUUCUCUCAGUCUGCCUCCAUCCCACAUGUAUGGCAAUAGGCUGAAUCCAAAUUCAGCAAUGGCAGCACUUAUAGCUCAGUCUGAAAACAGCCAAGCAGAUCAAGAUCUCGGAGAUAAUAGCCGAAGCCUUGUUGGCAGAGGAGGUUCACCCAGAGGAAGUCUCUCACCACGCAGAUCCCCUGUAAGCAGCUUGCAGAUUCGCUAUGAUCAAUCAGGGAACAGUUGUGGGGAAAACUUGCCCCCAGUAGCAGCCAGCAUAGAACAGCUUCUGGAGAGGCAGUGGAGUGAAGGACAACAGUUUUUAUUAGAGCAAGGCACCCCUAGUGACAUUUUAGGAAUGCUUAAGUCAUUACACCAACUUCAAGUUGAAAAUAGGCGGUUAGAAGAGCAGAUAAAGAAUCUGACUGCUAAGAAGGAACGGCUUCAGCUACUCAAUGCACAGCUCUCGGUGCCCUUUCCAACAAUAACUUCAAAUCCUAGCCCUUCUCAUCAAGUACAUGCCUUUCCAGCACAAGCAGCACCUAGCACUGAUUCCUUGAACAGCAGUAAAAGCCCUCAUCUGGGAAACAGUUUUUUACCGGACAAUUCUCUCCCUGUAUUAAAUCAGGAGAUAACCUCCAGCGGACAAAGCACCAGCAGUUCAUCAGCUCUUUCCACUCCACCACCUGCUGGGCAGAGUCCAGCUCAGCAAGGCUCAGGAGUCACAGGAGUUCAACAGUUCAGAAAAGAAUGUUCUUUAUCCUGCCAAUUGUUCUUCCAGGAUUAAAGGAGCACUGGAAAAGCUACCAUUUGUUGCAGUGAGAAGGGGGGAGGGGGAGAAGGAGAACACUAUACGGUCAUGCAAUUAAAGAUGUAAUAGGCACAACUAACCAGAGUAGUAAUACAGUUGCAUGGUGGUUUUAGAUCUUUACAUCUGACUCCAAAGUCAACAAAAUUACUUUUUCAAGUGGUGUUCUUAAGGAAUUUUAAAUGGAUAAAAAGAUCCAUGCUUGAGUAUUUGUAACAGCCCUUCCCCAAAACCAGGUAUCCUCAGUAGCAUAGACUGCUGCUCCUUGGGCUGCAAGGCAAAUGGGUAACAAAAGGAGACAGCUGCUUUCCAGGAAGGGGAAGGGGCUGCUUAGUCUGGAAGUAUUUUGUGUUAGAGCAGAGCCUGGGCUAACUCAUUCUCCCUGCUCCCCUUCCCCCACCCCUUGUACUGUCCUUCGCUUAGGAAGGAGAAUUAGGAAGAACUACGGUUCUGUGUAGAAAGAAAUGCUUGCAACAGGGAGUACAUUACUUGUCUUUAAGUAGAGUUUAUUUUUGGAGAUGAUGGUGGAUUACCCAUCAAAAUGGCCUGUGUGAUUGGAAUGAUGCAAGGGAUCCCUAGUUUUUUAGCUUCUUUUUCCAGCUGCUUUCCCCACUGUUUGUUUGGCAGCUCCUGAAUAUUUGAGUGCCAUAUCAACCUGUGGUACUCCUUCAAUAGGCUCAUAAAACCUGAUACUUUUCCAGUGUAUCCAUUUGUCUUGAUGUGCUAUUAUAUUGUUACUGAGGGGGUUAUAUUUUUUCAUAGUUUAUAUCCUAUAUGAACGUAACAGUUUAUAGGUUAAACAAAAGUGGUUUUGUUAAUGCAAAAUUAUCUUAUUUCUUGAGUAUCAGAGGUCUGCUGAAAACACAAGGAUUUUGUUUUACUAUCCCCAAAAGUGUGAGGAGGAGUGAAAAAUACUAGACAAAAUCAGUAAUAUUAACUAGUUGUAUAAUACUUUCCACUUUUAGGUAAUGCCAAAAUAUACUGGUCAUGCUGCUGGUUUCUCAUAUGAAUUUGUUAAUACACAGAUGAUUUAUUUCUGACUCUUUAUAUUGCAGAAGUUCUUUUUUAUAUAUCCAUUUUAACUGCUGUAACUCCUGAGUGUGUAGCCUAGUAGUAGACUACUCCAGUUUACGCAAAAUACUGCAACUAUUAUCCUGUUUAUAAGCUCUCAUUCUAACUUCUAGCAUAGUCUGGAAUACUCCAUUGAUUCCCUAUUUUCUGCUACAACAAGCUUAUGAUGUGCCAGCAUUUCCAUUUCUCUAUUUCCAUUCUUAGGUGAUCUUUCUGCACUGCUUCCUCAAUACUACAGAUUUAAAAUUUUAUAUUAAAAUUUAAAAGUGCACUUUUCAAACAAUUCUCUGCUUUAUUGAGCUCAUCCAGAUGAUUUGCUGGGCCCCCUUUCUUUUGAUGUGUUUCACAGUUGCCCCCAUUUUCUGUGAGUUUUCAGUAUUUCUAGUUGUAUAUUUAGAAGAAAAACGUUCAGGCCAAGUAAGCACUAAUGCUAAUUAGUGCUAGUGUGGUUUUAGUAAUAACACACACAUUCCUCAUUCCUGCUUCUUCCAUUACAAAUGCUUCAGUGAAAAAUAUGAAAAAACUUUUACUGGAACCAAGUUGUGAAGAGGCUCUGGGAUGACUCUGAAUGAAGGAAAAAAGAAAAGAAAGGAAAAGGGGGGGGAAAAAAAAGAGAAAAAAAACCCAACUAUUUUCCACUGAGAUCAUUGGUUCUGAAACUAUAUGGGACACCAUUUGUUCCUGCCAUUCUUAAGUUCAGUGAUGUUUCAGUGGCAAGUAGUUGUCUAUUUAUUUAACGUUCUCUAGGUAUCACUACUCUUUGAACUGCCUAAGUGGGAAGGUUAAAUCGUAACAAACAGGCAGGCAUGGAGGUUUGCUACCAUGCUAUUGUGAGCUUUCCAAACCUGGUUAGAUCCACAGGGUGGUGAUUGAGUUUGGAGGCUGUUUAAAUCAGUAUUCACAAAACGGUGGAAAGCCACAUGAGAACUCAUCCCUGCUUUCUCACUUUUGUGUAUUGUUCUGUAAUUAAAAGACUUCCCAGAUGUUCCUGUAAGUUGCUACUUACAGUGACUUCCCAGGCUUCAGAAUCUGUUCGAACAGUUCAUGUGAGAAAGAGCUGGAUUAUUCACCAAUAUGUGAAGGCUUCUUUAUGCGUAUUGUCCCUAUUCAUGGGAGCUCUUUAACUGUGGGAUGUAGGGAGGUGAGAAAACACUGAUUUGCACGCUGCUGUUUGGGAGAGUUUCAAAUUGUAGGUAAAAGAGCCUACAUUCAUUUGGCAGAAAAAAGUACUCGAUGCUUUUCUGGGAAAAAGAAAGAUGGCUUAAUACAGAUUGCUAGCAACUGGGAGAUUAAGUGAUUUGAGGAAAAAGAUAAGAUUGCUUCUUUACAUUCUCACAACCAGAGGAGACUGUAGGACGGAGAAUUUCAGACUGAUCGUAUACCUUUUAAUGAGAAGCUGAAAAGGAUUAAAUUUACAUUCCAAGCUGACCUGGUUUAGAGAAAGCUCUGUGGUGAAGUCCAGUGAACUGUCUCUUCUGGGAAGCUUGGGAGCUGCAGCGUUUUGUCUUCUGCAGUUAGGUUUUGUUUCUAGACACUUAGAUCUCAGCUGUUGGCUGAGGGUAUUUUCUUUUGAGUGCCAAUGCAGAGCAAGGGAGGAGGGCAGAGCAGAUAGAGAAGGGAGAACAACAGCAGAAAAACAAAGAAGUGCAAAAGUAAAACAUGAUAUAGGAAAAAGAAAGAAUGGGAUAAAAGAAUGAAAAAACAGCAGAGAAGAUUCAUUCCAGCAUAGAAGAGUACAGAAAAUGGGAGGUUAAAAGAGAAGAAGGAAAUGAUGGUAAUUAGUCAAACUGAAGGUACUUAUUUUUUGCAGUUGUUAUAAAUAUUUUUGAUACAAUUCAAUUUAAAGCUGUUUGAAGGAAUUUCAAUUAACUGAUGAGUGUCAUCUUUUGAAUGUCAAACACAUGCGCAGUUUUACCCUAUGUUAGACCUGAGCUUUGCUGUUGUAGCACAGGAGGAAGAUUGAGGAGUUUUCUUGGGUAGGUGAAGUGUCAUCUCUGCUUUCAUCAACAAUCAAACAUUGCUAGCAGUUAGUGGGGAAUAAAUAGAAUGGUGUUAUCCAUUUGUGUUCUGUCAUGUUAAAUCCCUGGUGUGUGUGUGUGUGUGUGUGUGUGUGCGUGCGCGCACUUGGAAUACUAUGUGUAGCUCUGAUUAUGCAGUUUCAGAAAAGGAUAUAAUACAAGGGAAAAACCAAGCAAGAAUAAGCAGAGGCAGAACAGCUUUCACAGGACAGAGUCCAUAGAAUUGGCUUAUUGGCUAGGGAAAAAGACCUUUGAUAAGAGGUUUGAGAACCAGGAGAGUGGUAGAAGUGAUAGUAAGGAAUGUGAAGUAGAUGGUGGGAAAUCAUAGAAUUAGCUUGGAAAAGACCUUUAAAAUCGAGUCUG